AUGCACAACUUUGUUUGUUGCUUUUCCUUUGUGGCUCUUCUAACUUGUGUAAAGAGUUUACUGCCUCCACCAUGUGACAGUGAAAUCUACUGCUCCGGCUCCAUCCUGCAUCAGAUCCAGAUGGCUAAACUGUUUGACGAUGACAAAUACUUUGUCGACAUGAAGCUGAGAUCUGCUCCCGGUGAGCUCGUUCUGUCUGCUUUUCAAAACCUUUCCAACGCGUUUCCAAAUGGUACCGUUCCACCUACGAAACUCCAGGAGUUCCUCGACGCAAACUUCGAGAAACCGGGAACAGAGUUUGAGUCGUGGACGCCUCCAGACUGGCACGACAAGCCAAAGUUCCUGAAUGGCAUAGCAGACAAUGAGCUUCGAGUCUGGGGGGGAAAGAUCCAUGACCUUUGGAAAGUUCUUGGCAGAAAGAUUCUCAGCAGUGUCAAAGACCAUCCAGAGCUCUACUCUCAGAUUUACACCCCGUAUCCUGUCGUGGUGCCUGGAGGACGCUUCAGGGAGCUCUACUACUGGGACUCCUACUGGGUCAUCAAUGGACUCCUGCUGUCGGAGAUGACGAACACGACUCGCGGGAUGAUUCAGAACUUCCUCUACCUCGUCAACAGAUACGGCUUCAUUCCAAACGGCGGGCGGAUUUACUACGAGCGGCGCAGCCAGCCUCCGUUCCUCACGCUGAUGGUGGAGAGCUACUAUGAAGCAACAAAGGAUAAAGAGUUCCUCAGAGAAGCUUUGCCCGUUCUGGAGAAGGAGUACCAGUUCUGGAUGCAGACCCGUUCUGUAGCCGUGAAAAUAAACGGCUCGAGUCACGUCCUAAACCGGUUUUAUGUGCAGGCCGGUUCACCCAGGCCCGAAUCGUACUCUGAUGAUCUGGAAUUAGCUGAAGGACUCGCCGAUGAGCACAAGGAGCAGCUGUGGAUGGAUCUGAAGGCAGGUGCAGAAUCUGGUUGGGACUUCACUUCCCGCUGGUACAUAAACGGCAGCGGCACCCUCCGGGAGACCCGAACCAGCCAGAUCCUGCCCUCUGACCUCAACGCUCUGCUGUGCCGCAACGAGAGAACUCUGGCUUCAUUCCACCGACUGCUGGGUGACGGUGACUCGGCCGCUCGGUACCAGCAGGCUGCGGCCCGCAGAACGGCGGCGAUGGAGGCGCUGCUGUGGGACGCUGAGAAGGGAGCGUGGUUCGACUACAACCUGCUGACUCACUCCAAACAGCCGGAGUUCUACCCCUCCAACCUGGCACCUGUUUGGGCUCAGUGCUAUUCUGAGCCGGGGAUGGCGGACGAGGCGGUGCGGUACCUGAAGGGCAGUGGGGCCCUCGAGUUCCCCAACGGUGUCCCGACAUCCCUGCGGGACUCCGGGCAGCAGUGGGACUACCCCAACGCCUGGCCUCCUCUGCAGCACAUGCUCAUAGAAGGUUUAUCCAAGCUGCCGUCAACAGAAGCUAAAGAGCUGGCGUUCAGUUUGGCUCAGCGUUGGAUCAGAACCAACUGGUUGGCCUACGUCAAGUACGACGCCAUGUUUGAGAAAUACGAUGUGAACGGAGAUGGAAAACCCGGAGGAGGAGGAGAAUAUGAAGUUCAGCUGGGCUUCGGUUGGACCAACGGCGUGGCCCUGCAGCUCCUGGAUCAGUACGGGGCGACGCUCACCUCGGGAGGCAGACGUGUCCGCUCUGACCUCCUGCUGCCUCUGCUCGUCUCCGUCGCUCUCGUGCUCCGGUGA